ACACCAUGUUCGUGGUUAGACUGGUAUCUCGAAGUACUCGUAUAGCAAAGUCCACAUGGCCAUUGUGUGCCCCAUAUGUUUUACGACGUCAUUUUGGUUUGUCAUCCAUAGAUAUCGACACUCUUGAAUCGAUUCCGGAUCAGAUCAUAAUUGACUACUUUGUAAAAGCACACCUUACUCAGACUAAUGAUAUCCCAACCGUUGAAAAAUUAAGUUCAUUAGUCAGUAAACUUACCCCUGAUGUUCAGGAACAAAUCUUUAGUGAGAAAGUACCGUCAAGUUUGUUACUUAAUAUCAAAUUACAUACUCUAAUAUCUGAACUUGCCAUUACUGAAAACUAUGCUCAAGUAUUCAAAUUUAUUAUCAGUUAUAGUAGUCAAUUACAAUCAGAAUUAGUUGAAACUUUCUUAUUCAAUUUAUUACAAUUAGAUAAUCUUACUGCUACAACAUCAUUACUUCACGUUAUAUAUGAAGCUACACCAAACUUAAGACUUUCCAAUCAAUUCUGGGGAUUAUUUGUAAAUAAAGUUAAUGAUCUGGGCCAUUAUUUAGGUAGUAUACUUAUAUAUCAUCAUUUGAUAGAUCACUACUCAUUCUAUGACGACCAAAACUAUACAACAUAUGUUCAAGACAAUAGUAAUAUACCAUUCUUAUUAACACCUACAAGUCUUGAAAAUCUUACUAUUAUAUUCAAGAAUAACAAUGAUCCAAGUCGUAUAAAGGGACUCGGUGAUUAUUUCAAACGAUUCUAUUCGUAUGCCAAUAAUAGAAUGACUCUUAAAACAUUAAGAGUUUGUCUUGUAGAAGCUUAUAGUGAUAAAAAUGAUUUGGAAUUGGCCCUAGAAGCCUUUAAAGUUUUAGCCUUUUCAAUUCGGUAUGGUAUAUAUAAUAACAAGCGUCCUGACGAAUCAGUACUAAUCAACUGGCAUAAAAUCAAUAAGUUUCUGAAAAUAGUGAAUGCUCUGGGAUAUUUCUGGAGUCGCAAUAAUAUAGAAUUUAAUGCUAAUCAAGUACCACCAUUUCCUAAAAGUCUUCUAUCUAAUAUUGAUAUUGCUCAUAACAAAAUCACCUCUGCGGUGUAUAAUCCUGACUAUGAACGCAAUAUGUAUACGAACCAGUUAAAUAAUAGGUCAAAUCCUCUUAUCAAUGGAUCCAUCCAAACCAAUGAUCUCCCUAUUUUUCAAUCACUCAUCACAUCCCAUAUUAAAACUAUAAAACAACAGGAUCUUAACAGUAUUAUACCCCAACUUACAACCCUUCUCGGUACCUGUCACUUCCAGUUGACUCCAUUUAUCAUCAAUGGACUCUGUCAGAAUCAACUAUAUCAACAAGCUUAUACCAUACUAACCCAACUCCCACAACAAUUCUCAAGGAUCCAUCUCCGGAACUUGAUCAAACUGGAGAAUUUCUUUAUCAUGUUCCAUGCAUUCAAACUUUAUUUCCGUCAGAACAAUCUGAACCUGAAUCUGAACCUGAACAAUCACAGACAGGCCUCAGAUAUAUUCAAAUUAAUGAAUCAAACAUUACAAUUCUAUAUAGAUAUGGAUAGGAAAUUCCUAGGUAAACUUGCUGGUACUGUAUACUCAAGUUAUAUCGAUGCUGCUCUAGCAUAUGGACAAGUAACCUUAGAUGAUAUUCAAUUUCUGUUGGAUAUGCUCAACCAGAAAGCAGCCGAUCCCAUGAUGAUAGAUGAGGGUGAAUAUGAAAAGUUUGAGAGUUUAUGUAGUCAGUUAGAUCCCAAUCCGUAUCAGAGGCUCUUUCAGAGGUAUAAGCAUGCUGUAUAGGGGGUUGUGUAUAGUGUAGUAAUUGUAAAUAGUACAUAGUACAUAGUAUUUGUGUAUAGUGUAUAUAGUAUAGUACUUAUAUAUAGUGUGUAUAGUACGUAGUACUUGUAUAUAGUACAUAGUCUAGUAUAUAAUAUAUGAUAUAGUACUUGUGUACAGUAUAGUACUUGUGUAUAAUAUAGUACUUGUAUAUAGUACUUGUGUAUACUAUAUGUACACAGUAUAGUAUAGCAU